AGAACACGAGGACAUUGAGAACAUCAACAGCAUCGCUCUUUUUCAUACAGUAUUCUAAGAUAAUCUAUAGUAUUGUUUUUGCAUGUAAGAGUUCAAGAUAACUUGCUUAGCAAUAGGAAGGAGGAGGAAUUUACAUUUGAUCUAGCAAUUUCUCUGUCUUUUGGGAUAAAACAGCAGCAGGUUGUGCAGCGGGGAAACAGAGGAGCACAAGGACUCUUACUGUUAAUGUGAAGCUGUCCCAGGUGAAGGACUUGGCUUGGACGCUGAAGGAACUGGCAGGAUUUGUUCACUGCUGACUGCUGCAGUUGGACAGACAAUAACUCAGUGUGCCACAGAGACUGAAAUCAUCUCAAAAUGGACCAUCAGGACCACAUGAAUUCUGGACAGGUGGGUGACUCUCAGCACUCUCCUGGGAACAACAUAGCAUCUGGUGUAGCCAACAUGACCAUCAGUGACGGCCAUCAACAAGACAUGAAGAAUGGGACAGCAGCACAUAUGGGACCGGGUGACGGGCCAGUGAAAGAGGACACACAUGAACCAACGCCUGAGGUGACCACCCAAAAGCCUGUUUUAGAAGACUCCGAACCCAAGCCCUCCUUUGAUAAAGAUGUGCCAUUCGCAGGAGCUGGAGAAGAAGAUUUAACACCCAGAAGUCUGCCCGAGAGUGGCCGGAGCAGUGCGGCAUCAGUGGAUGGGGAGGGAGAGCGAGAGAAUGGGGAAAAGGAGAGCUCUGUCAGCCCAAGAGAGUCUCCAAUGUCUCCACAUCCACUACCAACAACUCUAGCUGAUGAUUUGGGUUCAGGGAUCACGGGCUUUGACAGCCAGGUGAAGAGGAGUCCCUCAGAAAAGAUGACUGACCAUCAUAGUGCCAGUGGAUCUGAGGAGGAGGAGAAAGUAGAAAAUGAGACGGAGAAAUCUGAGAGAAGAUCUGGUAUUCCCAGUGUGGAAGAAGCUCCCAGAAGUGCUAUCAACAUAAAAGAGGAUAAAGAAGAGGACAAAGAAGCAGUUAGUGAUGAAGAAGAGGAAGAAACUGGAAUUUCCUUGGUGCCCAGUUCUGUCACCCCAGACUUGACAAUCCAGAAAGAUGAUAGCAUUGUUGAUGAACAAGAAACCCCUUCUCAUCUUCCCAUGACUCCAGAGGAAGCUAAAAAACGUGGCCUAUCGUUUGACUACACAGAACCUCAGGAUCCCAGUCGUCAAGGUGGUCCUGUGGGUUGGGAAUGCAGCUCUGACAAAACACCACCAGAAAGCAAGAGCCCCGACUCGUGCAGGGCUGAUCCGGGAUCGCCUCUUUCUCCCAGUGCUGCUGCUGAACCUACCCAAGAGGAAUCAUCUCUAACAAACUUACAAACGGAUGCUCGGGAGGAAGAAGAGGAAGUAGAGGUACCAGAACCUGAACAAGUAGAGGAGGCAACCACCGUUCCUCCAUCCUUCCAAGAAGUUGCUGCACCCAAGAUACAGCCUAAGGCAGAGGAACGUAGAGAACCUGAAGAAGAAAAAGAGAUCAAGCAGGAGAAAUAUUUGGAGACGAGCGAUGAUGAUCAAAUUGAUACGGAGAAGGUCCAGCCUGUUGCCACACCUGAGCCUGUUGCCAAAACUGAACCUGAAGCUAAGGAUGCCGUUAAGCCCAGUGCCCAAGUAAUGCCCACAAAAGCACCAAGCAAAGCAUCUCCUAUCAAAGAAUCUCCUGCCAAAAAAACAAAGAAACCCGUCGCUACAGUUGAUGCCACUCCUUCCCCUAAAUCUGUUCCUAAACUUCAGAAAACUCCCUCUAAAGAUGCUGCUCCGGCCAGAAAAGCAAGUGUCCCAUCCAAAGCCAAGGCUGGAGCAGGGGCAACUCCUGAAAAAAAGAUACCCAUCACAACCCCGCAUGCAAAAUCUAGACCCACUUCUGCCCCCCAAAGAGGGUCUUCAGUCUCAGGCAUCCCCAGCAAAAAGCCCUCAGUCUCUUCCUCAACUCCACCAUGUCGCUUUAGCAGUCCAGGCUCUGCAAACUCUGUAAAAAGGCCCAACAGUGCAGGAGCAAGAGAGUCCUGGGCCACGGCUGGAGAUGCCAAGACAAAGACAGCGGGUGCCAAACCCCAAGGAGUUGGCACCAGAAUGCCUGCUGCUUCACGGAUGGAGCAGCGAAAGGCAGGACCAGGGUCCAUUGAAAGAGCUGACUCACCUAAAACCCCAGACCGUAGUGGUUGCAGCAGCCCAGCCAGUCGGUCCUCCACCCCUGGACAACAGGUGAAGAAAGUAGCGGUGGUGCGCACCCCUCCCAAAUCACCUGGUUCAUUGAGAUCUCGCGCCCCGAUCGCUCCUGUUGCACCCUUGCCUGACCUGAAGAACAUCAAGUCCAAGAUCGGCUCCACUGAGAACAUCAAACACCAACCUGGAGGCGGGAAGGUUCAGAUAGUGCACAAAAAGAUCGACCUAAGCAACGUCCAAUCAAAGUGUGGCUCCAAGGUCAACAUUCAUCACAAACCGGGAGGUGGAAAUGUGGAGAUCAAAUCUGAGAAGUUGGAUUUCAAAGGCCAGUCAAAGGUUGGAUCUCUGGAGAACAUUGGACAUGUUCCUAGGGGCGGACAGAGGAAGAUUGAGAGCCACAAGCUAAAUUUCCGAGAGCAAGCCAAAGCGCGCACCGACCACGGUGCUGAGAUCGUGUGCCGGUCCCCCGACAUUUCCACGGAUGGAUCGCCCCGCCGCCUCAGCAACGUGUCUUCCUCCGGCAGCAUCAACAUGACCGACUCCCCGCAACUGUCCACGCUAGCUGAUCAGGUGUCAGCCUCCCUCGCUAAACAAGGCCUGUGAGCUGCCGGCCCAAACGUGUUGGCAAUUGACAAAUUGAAAAAAAAGUUAAAAAUGUAUCUCCUUCAGUCCUUUCAAAAGAGGUGCUUGUCAGAUUUUUCCUAACUAAAGGUUGUCCCAGCGGCUUGUCUGCUUGUUAAAUAAUUUUUGCCUCCUGGCACGGAAAGACAGGUAUUGAUGUUAUUGGCUUAGUAUCAAAAAAAAAACAAAAAACACACUACAAUUUAAAGGGAGCUGGUGGUGUAUUGAUCCAAAUGGUCAUUUACAGCACUGAGUAGCCUGAUUUUGUUCGUUUAAUACCCCAAUUUUUAAAAGAAACAACAAUGACAUUUGCUUUCAAAGCUGUAUUUGCUUCGUUGCCUUAUUGUGAAU